AUGGCUGCAGGAUCGGAUCGUGGCAGGCGGAGUCGCAAUUCCGCAGCGGGCUGUCCGUCGCGCCAUGGCUAUUCGCAUGACAAGACGGGGAGCGCCACGGCGCGGGGGACAAACAGGGUUACCGGCGCUACCAACGCUACUAGCAGCGUUACUGCUGGCAGCGGCGGCGGUAGCAGGAGGAAGGUGGAGGGUUGGCGGGAGCAGCAGCAGGCGCUGCACCGCAUUGUCGAUUUUUUGGAGACGAGCCGUGCAUCUGUACGGCAGCUACAAGCUGUGCCAGCUGCGCGUGCGCGUAGCAGGCUGAGUGAGGAGCAGCGGCGGGCGGCGUGGGAGGAGCAGCACGAGCGGGCAGGGCAGUUCCUAGCCAAGCCAGACAUGUCCCCCCCAGCCUGGGUGCGUCGUCUCGCCCCUCUCCACGACAGUGCGCCCGCAGACCCCUUCCCUCUCGUCCGACGCACCGUCGAGGCUGAGCUGGCACGUGCUGACGUGGCAGGGAGUGACGUGCACAUGGGCAGGUUGAAGGAUGGGCGCCGUGUUGCGAUCAAGGUGACUCUUGAGACGUCUCAAAAGAGACCACAGUUCCCUCCUCUCUCCUCGCCCUCUGCGUUCCCCUUCAUUCUCACACCACAGGUGCAGCGCGCGGGGGCAGAGCGGCUGAUGCUCAUGGACCUGGCAAAUCUGCGUCUCUACCACGCCCACUGCUCUCACCACUCUUAUGAACCUAGAUGUGCCUCAUCGCUCACGUCUCUCCUCUCCUCAACCCCCCUUCACUUCCACCCCGCCCCACAGGUGCAGCGCGCGGGAGCAGAGCGGUUGAUGCUGAUGGAUCUGGCAAAUCUGCGUCUCUUUGGCGCCUUCCUGCAGCGCGCCGAGCUCAAAGUGGACCUGCUGGGUCCCAUUUCUGAGCUGGAGCAGCAGAUCCGGUACGAGUUUGACUUCGAGCACGAGGCAGCAGCCAUGGAGCGCAUCAGACACGCCCUGGCACAGCGGGACGGGGGCGAGACGGCAGGGGGUAGGUGGGAGAGGCAUGGGGGGAUGCGGAGCAGCAGGCGCACAGGCAGACAUGGUGUGGGUCGUGGAGGGAUUAGCAGGGCGAAUAGGGUGGAGAGGGUGGAGAGGGUGGAGACGUUGGGGAGGGUGGAGCAUGCGGGGAAGAAGGCAAGGCCUGAGGAUCGACAAGGGGCACAUGUCAUUGUGCAAGGCGGGGCUGAAGGUGGUGGGCGGAGUGCGGAGAUGGACACACGGGCGUCACCUGUCAUUGUGCCAGCAGCCAUACCAGGCCUUGUCACCAGGGGCCUAUUGGUGAUGGACUUCAUAGACGGCACGCCCAUCCUGAGACUGCCUGAGGAGAUGCGCAAGCGAGGCAUCAGCCCCAGUGGCGCACUGGCAAGGCAGACCAAGAGCCCCAGUGUUGCACUGGCCAAAGAGACCAAGAGCACUACCAGCAGCGUGCGGGCGUACGCGGCUGGACUACAGGCAGUCCAAGCGCUAUCAACAGCAUAUGGCUGCAUGCUGCUGCAGCACGGGCACUUCCAGGCGGACCCCCAUCCGGGCAACAUUCUCGUGUGCGCGGUGGGCAGGGUGGCUCUGUUAGAUUAUGGGCAGACCAAGCAGCUGCAUGAGGCGCUCUGGCUCAAUCUAGCGCGCUCCUCCCCACCCUCCCAUCGUCACAAUCUUAACCUCCUGCCCUUUCCCCUCCCCCCACGUUGCAGUCGCAUAUUCUCAGCGCUAUCCACGGCGUAUGGCCGCAUGCUGCUGCAGCACGGCCACUUUCACGCAGACCCCCAUCCAGGAAAUAUCCUCGUCUAUGUGCGCGGGCGGCAGGUGGCUCUGUUAGAUUAUGGGCAGACCAAGCAGCUUCCCGAAGCGUUGAGGCUCAAUCUGGCUCGCUUGGUGGUGGCAAUAGCCGAUGAGGACAUGCUGGCU